GUUGAUUUUUCCUGCGUGCAUCUCGAAAUUGCUUUGCGAUUGUUUUUCUUCCAUCUGUGCAAAAGUCUCGUAAAAAUUUAGAAUUUUUUACGCAAUUUUCCAAAAGUCACUAUUUUCAAGAUCCUAAAUUUUCUUGGCUUCAUUUCAAUGAACAGCGUGUGAAACCGGAAACAGAUAGCUUUCCCAUAUUGUCGGGAACCAUGUUCCUGGAGAUGUGCAGCAGUGAUGACGUCGAUCGUUUGCUGAGAGACGCGAAUAUUUUGCCAUUUUAGUUUUAAAUAAUUGCGUUUCGAGGAUCAGAUACCUGGAAGGGAAUAAAAAUGCCUUGCGAGAAGUGUAGCGUCCAGUUCGGUUUGCUGAUACGUAAAAAGUCCUGCUACGAAUGUCACAGAUUGUUCUGUCGAAAUUGCCUGGAACGGCGCCAGGAGCGGAUGCUGUGUGGCAACUGUAUGAUCUUCACCAAGCGGCCCCUGUCCAAGGUCGAUCUCGGGCAGCUGAAGGCGAAGGAUCUUAUCUUCUAUCUACAGUCAAAACACAUUUCCACCUCCGGAUGUGUGGAGAAGGAUGACCUGAUGAAUUUGAUUAUUGCUCACGUUAAUUCCGGGGCCAGCAGCCCAAGAAGCCCGGCGGGGAGCACCGGAAGUGGGAACAGCGGCAGCAGGGGAAUUUUUAACUUUAGCUCCUCGUCUUCCACGGGCGGAAGCUCGUCCGGGGCCCAGCAGUCGAGCAGAAGGGCUGCCGGAAAUGGAGGGCCGACCGGAAAUUCGACCUGGUACGGCAAUUUCUACAAUAACGGAGCCGAAAAUAGCAGCAACAACACCUUUGACCAGCUCAAGAACACUUGCCAGAACCUGUUUACAUCGAUUACGGAUAAACUGAAUACGGACAUUACAAAGCCUUCGAACUCCGGAUGGCGAUUUUCCCCCUCGUCGACCGAGGAAAACUUACGCCGCCGGGCUCAACCUGCUGCAGCACCGACUGCCCCUGUCAGUGAAAGCGUUUCCCAGCAGCCUCGUUUCGGCAACAACGACGUCCAUCAGCCUGCCAGUCCGGAUCGUUCGGAAGCUAGCAAUCACACUAAUAGUGCUCGACACAAUCGCAAUUCUGCUGUGCCAAAUGAGCGAAGUUUCUCGCCCUCAACCGUCGAUGAUAUCAGCAACGGAAGCGGACUAACGAGUGGAGCCGAUUCCAGUGGGAAUGCCUCGUCGGUUUCCUCGCCGGAGCAUCGAAAGGUUCGGGGAACCGAAGAACCUCCGCUCUCGCUGGACGCUCGGAUAGAUAAUAUGCUUGCAGUGGAAACGACGGUUAAUGGUUGUGAAUGUUCCGAUGAUGAGGAAGAAGGUGAUGGUGAUGCAGCUUUCAGAAGGAAGGAGUCCCAGAAGCAUAAUUCCGAGAAUAACCUUCAGGAACAGGAAGCAGGGCCGAGUCAAACGCAGCAAUCUACCAAUACGUUGGCUCCGGAAUCUAAAACUGACACGUCCUCGUCUUCUUUUGAUGAAAUUUUAAACUCGAGCUUGCCCAUCGAAAUAGAAGUCACUGUUUCGACGGAUGCGGACAACUGGCAGAUAAUCAAUAAUCCGGAUAUUCCUUUACCGGGAACGGAAACCAUGGUAGCGGAAGAAACGGCAAAUUCAAACGAUUUAAACAUGGUAAACAGGUCAAAUAAUGAAACUCAAACCGGGCAAGUUCCUUUACAAAAUCCAAUCUCCCGAAGGAGAUCCGAUAGCUACCUUAUAGGGGUAGCGCAAGAAGUCCAGCAAGGUUUGCAGGUAACCGAAGGUCAAACGGAACCGGAACCACACUCUAGUCAAUCGAUGGCCAACACCAACAAGUGCUUUAAAUGUGGCAAACGGCGCAGCGCCAUUCGUCGGCAGCUCAAAAAGUUCCGCAAACAGUUGAACUCGGCCAGCGGCGCUUCCGACGCAGACAAACGGCGCCAGUUGGAAACGUUCCUCGCCUAUCUGGAACGGAGAAGCAAAGGUUCGGUGGAGCUGUCGGAAGAUACGGAAUCUUCGAUUACCGAGGAAGCGAGCUUGAUGGAGGAUCAUCCGAUGGGUGGCCCGGCAAUUACAGGGGGACGAUCGGUGGAAAGUAGCCACACGUUGCUAUUCGAUACGGACGACGAAGAAAGAAUUAAUGUGUACUCGUCCGGGAAUCAGCAACUGGCCUAUAUGAGUCACAUCAAGCUUAGUGACAUUAAAGAAAGUGCUGAUCUUGACAUACUUUCGGUGAAACAACUCAAGGAGAUCCUGAUGCUUAACCGUGUCGAUUUUAAAGGCUGCUGUGAAAAACCGGAACUGCGUGAGCGGGUUCUGCGGCUGUGGCGUGAUUUUAAAUCCAUUCCAUCUAUCGAAAAAUUGGGCACCGAUGAUUUGUGCAAGAUCUGUAUGGAUGCGCCGAUCGAGUGUGUUAUUUUGGAGUGCGGACACAUGGCGACUUGCACCAACUGUGGCAAGGUGCUAAGCGAGUGUCCCAUCUGUCGGCAGUACAUCGUCCGGGUUGUUCGGUUCUUCCGGGCGUAAGGCCAGAACCGGUGACGGUUUAAAGUUUGGUGCAUAUUGGAUAAAAGUAUGAGGUAAGUCUUGUUAUACCUGCUAAAUUUGCUCACACAAUUCGCCAGUUUGUGUGCGUUGGAAAUGUGAUUUAAAGUACAUAUUUAUUCGAAAAUGGACAGCGAAACUAUGAAACAAUAAUUACUAUAUAUACUUAUGUGGAACGAUGUAGGGGUUUCCUAACGAUUGCUGCAAUCGAAUGGAGCAAUUUUAGAAUAGUUGUUUGAGGGGGUGUGUACAUAAAAGGCCGGCAUGAAACAAGCAGUUGCUUGCCAAUCUGUAUAAAUUUAAAAGAAGAAUAUGUUGGAACUUGUUAAUCUAUUUUAUGCGUAUGUAAAUGUUUCCAAUCGUCGAAGUUUAAUUUACAACUGGUUGUAGAAAAGGCAACCCAAUCAAUUAGGCUGUAACUUACUGACCUCUAGGAAAUCGAAGAAAAACCAUUGCGUUUUUGGACAGGAGCAAAGUCAAGUCAUUCAAAAUCAUUGAACGGCUUUCGCUUUGUUCGUUCGAAUUUACUUUUUUUGUUUCAACCAAAAAAGUUCAAAAUGAAAAGAAAUACGCCAAUGUUCAUAAAUCAUAAGGAAAGGAAAAAGAUAAACCUACUUAUAGGAAAGGAACCGUACUACUGUCUUCUAUUUAAGAAACAAACAUAGAAACACGCAACACAACUGAUUGAUUGAACAAUUAACUAUUUUCAAAAAAAAAUCCAAUUACAUUAGUAACUCAUAUAGUUUACCUAGCCCUAUGUAUUACAACUUGAACAAAACAAUAAUGUUAACUAUCUGAACAGUUUCCAAGUUUUCCAAACACGACUAGCAAACACUACUUUAAGCGCAUAAAAAUGUUUGAGAACAGCAUUCAAUAAAAUUAAUUGAAA